AUGAUUCGCCGUCAAGCUCGUGAAAGAAGAGAAUAUUUAUAUCGCAAAGCAUUAGAAUUACAAGAAUCACAGCUACAAGAAAAAAGACAAUUAAUCAAGCAUGCAUUAGAAACUGGAAAACCACUGCCAAAGGAAAUAGCAGAAGAUUCUCAACUACAAAAAGAUUAUAGAUUUGAUGAAUCGAAAACAGUAUCUGAAGCAGAUUCCUCCUCUAUUGAUGACGAAUAUUCCAAAAUGAGUGGUAUAAUGGAUCCUAAAAUUAUAGUGACUACAUCCAGAUCUCCAUCUUCAAGAUUAUCCCAAUUUACUAAAGAAAUAAAAAUGUUAUUUCCUAAUAGUAUAAGAUUGAAUAGAGGUAACUACGUUAUGGGUGAUUUGGUCUCAGCUUGUAACAAAAGCGGUACCACCGAUUUGAUUGUUAUACAUGAACACAGAGGUACGCCAACUUCUAUAACAAUUUCGCAUUUCCCUUAUGGCCCAACUGCAACAUUUAGUUUGCACAAUGUUGUCCUAAGACAUGACAUUUUAAAUAGUGGAAACCAGAGUUUAGUUUCUCCGCACUUAAUUUUUGAUAAUUUUAAUACCAAGCUAGGUGAACGGGUUGUUACAAUUUUAAAACAUUUAUUCCCUAGCGGUGUUAAGAAAGAUAGCAACAGAGUGAUAACUUUCAGCAAUAAAGGUGAUUUUAUAAGUGUUAGGCAACAUGUAUAUGUUAGGACCAGGGAUGGAAAUGUUGAACUAGCUGAAGUGGGUCCUAGAUUUGAAAUGAGACUGUUUGAAUUAAGAUUGGGGACAUUAGAUAAUAAAGACGCUGAUUUGGAAUGGCAAUUAAGAAGAUUUGUUAGAACUGCAAGUAGAAAGGAUUACUUGUGA